CGUUUCUAACCUCUCUCACUUCAAAUCGGCUCAUCUCAGACAGAGAAGGAAAAAAAAAUCCCUAGAACGAGAAGAAAAAAAAAAGAAGAAGAAGAAGAAAAGUAAUGGGUUCCUCCGACGGCGAAGAUAAUGACUUGAAAACCUCAGAAAAUGCAGAAGAAGAGAAAUCCCAACCUCAUAAUCAUACAGUAGGCGGAGCCAGUCCAGGAAAGAUUUUCAUUGGGGGUUUAGCUAAAGAAACUAGCUCUGCAACCUUUACCAAACACUUCGGUAAGUAUGGUGAAAUUACUGAUUCUGUAAUAAUGAAAGACCGGCGAACGGGACAGCCCCGUGGGUUUGGAUUCGUGACUUAUGCUGAUCCAUCGGUGGUCGAUAAAGUCAUUCAAGAAACUCAUGUUAUCCAUGGAAAACAAGUGGAAAUCAAAAGAACUAUACCAAAAGGAGCCAUUGCUACCAAGGAUUUUAAGACGAAGAAGAUUUUCGUGGGCGGAAUUCCUACGACUGUAACCGAUGAUGAAUUCAACAACUUCUUUAGCAAGUUUGGAGAGGUCAAAGAGCAUCAAAUAAUGCGUGACCAUUCCACCAACCGUUCUCGCGGUUUUGGGUUUAUUACAUUUGAAACUGAGGAAGCUGUUGAUGAUCUCUUAGCCAAAGGGAACAAGAUUGAUUUUGAUGGAGCACAGGUGGAGAUCAAGAAGGCCGAGCCAAAGAAAGCAAACCCACCGCCGUCAAAGCAUUUUAGCAAUCCUAAGCCUGCUUUCAUGGGUGGCUUUGGGGAUGCUUAUGGUGGAUUCGACAGUGGUUUUGGUGCUAGUUCUUAUAGGGCAGGUGGGGGCUAUGGUGCUAGACUCGGUGCCUAUGGUGGUUAUGGUGGAAAUGAAUAUGGUGGUGGUUAUGGAGGAUACAGUGGUAGCAGUUUAGGAGGUUAUCGAGGGGAGUCUUCCUUAGGCUACUCAGGCCGAUAUGGUGGAGGCUUCGGUAGGGGUUAUGAUGUAGGUGGUUAUGGUGGAGCAGGCGAGAGCUAUGGAGCAUAUGGUGGUGGCAGUAGUGGUGGCUAUGGAAGUGGGUAUGACAGCUUUGGAGGCAGUGGGACAGGUGGGGGCAGUGGCUAUUAUGGAAAUAGGGGUGGUUAUGGAGGUAAUGCUAGCGGUCGAUACCAUCCCUACACCAGGUAGAGAGGUCUGCUGAUCAGAGUUUCUUAAUUAAGUCCUAGCACUCAAAAGGCCAUAGACUGGCAGUAUCAAAUCUUCAUUUGUAGCAUCAGGCUGUUUCCCUUGGUGUCAAGGAGAUCCUAUAUACUUGUGUUUCCUAGGGGAAGGUUUUCUUACCUUUGAAUGUGAGGAUGGUUCCUUUCAUUGUUGAGAUUACUUUUUUUCUCUGUUAAAAGGUUUUUACUUUCUCCCUCAUUUUUCAUUUGUGCUUCCUCCAUUUCUUUACCAGUAGGACUUUGUUUGCAAUGGAGUUGUAGUCAAAGAGGCAACUUGUGUGCUUUUCAUUUUGGAUGACAUCUUUUACUUUUGACUUGUGAUGUUGUUAGCAAAUGGGGCUGCGUUCAAUCUGGAAUCCAGAACUAAUUGAUCA